GCUGGGAAAUGCUUAGCGUUGAUAGAAUGAUGCCUAAUAAUCUCUUCAUCUGGCAUCCUCUGCUUUUCCUCUGUUCUUCUCUGUUGCUUCUUAAAAUCAUAAGAAAACAGGCAAACCCCAAAAACAACCUUCUUCCUCCAACCCCUCCAAAGCUUCCUUUGUUGGGUCAUUUGCACCUCCUUGGCUCUCUCCCCCAUCGCUCGUUUACUGAGCUUUCGAAAAAAUAUGGCCCCGUCAUGCUCCUCCAACUCGGCUCUGUCCCAACCGUCGUGGUCUCCUCUGCCGCUGCUGCAAAAGAGUUGUUCAAAUUUCACGACCUUGCUUCUUGCAGCCGUCCUUGCUCAACAGGUAGUGGAAGACUUUCGUACAACUAUGUUGACAUGAGUUUCGCUCCAUACGGUGAACACUGGAGGAACGUUCGAAAGAUUUGUAUGUUUGAGCUCUUCAAUGCUUCGAGGGUUCAGUAGUUUCAGCAUAUUAGAGAAGAAGAGGUGGGUCUGUUAUUGAACUCAAUCUCUCAACAUUCAAAUCUUGUUGAUCUCUGUGAGAAAUCUUAUUCUCUCACAGCAAACAUAAUAACCCGGAUGGCUUUUGGGAAGAACUUCAGAGGGGGUGAGCUAGAUAAUCACAAUUUUCACCAUGUUGUUCGAAGAGCCAUAGUAUCACUCGGAUAUUUCUCCGCGACUGACUACUUUCCCAGAGUUGGUUGGAUUGUUGAUUGGCUUACUGGCGUUCAUGGAAGGUUGGAAAAGAGCUUUUUUGAGUUGGAUGCCUUUUUCCAACAUGUAAUUGAUGGCCGCAUCAACUUCCAGGCCACUUCUCAGCAAGAAGACAACAUCAUCGAUGUUUUGUUGAAAUCAGAAAAAGAUGGAUUGCAACUCAGUAGAGAUUGCAUCAAGGCACUUACAAUGAAUAUAUUUCUAGGUGGAGUUGACACAGGAGCAGGGGUCAUUGUUUGGGCAAUGGCAGAGCUGAUUAGGAAUCCAAGGGCGAUCAAAAAGCUAAAUAUGAAAUCAGAAACUGCAUCAAAGAAGAUAGAGUGA